AGGGCCUUUCGGUUUCCAGUUUUAAUAAAGUUGUCGCACAAGCUAGGAAAACUGGUUCACACAAUUGGUGUUGUGAAAAAUGUGCCGCCGUUAAGGUUAGGUGCCGUGCAUCGUUGGCGCCAUCCAAUCUGUUGAGUGACCCGGAUCAGGUUCAAGAUCAGCAGGCAUCUUUGUCGGGUCGAGUAAUGUCUGGUCAUCAGUCCGACUUGUUGCCGUCGCCUGCGAUCACCAACAGCGAUUUCGUUACAGCCCGUAAACGUGUUUCGCAGCCGUAUGCUUCGAACAGUGCACAGGAUCAAUUCGCUGAAACAGCUGACGACUUUUCGAGGUUAGGAGAGAAAAUUCAAGAUCGUCUAGUAAACAAACAGAAUAUUGAGAUGUCGGAUGUUGUUUUGAUCAUAUUAAAUAUUUUUAUUGCUAUUAACGAUCAGAACACUAAGCUGACAUGUCUGUUGGAUGAAAUUAAGGCUAUUCAGACAGGCGACCUUGGCUCAGUGGUAUCUGAGCUUAAAUCUGAGGUCCAAGACCUUAAGUAUGAGUUGGAUCAAUUAAAAUCUCAGGGGAUUGAUAUUGGGUCCACAGCUUUUUUCUACCUGCUCUUCUUUCUGUUUAGUAUGUUGACUGAACAAUUUAUUUUUUGCUGGUUUGGAAAUGAAAUCACUUUUAAGAGUCAAGAAAUAUUUCGAGCAAUUUAUAAUAUACCAGGAUGGAUGGACUGUGAUUUGGAAUUCCAAAAGAUGUUGAUUACUUUUAUGUUGGCAUCAAAGAAACCUUUAGUUAUUUAUGCUGGUCAUAUUAUACCCCUUUCUAUAAAGGUAUUUAUAAAUGUUCUUCAAUCUUCUUAUUCUUACUUAGCCUUACUAAACAGUUUAUAAUACAAUAAUUAUUUUUUAUUAAGCUUUCAAAUGUUUAGCAAUAUUUAGUACACUGAGAUGUUUGUUUAAAUGUCAAUGUUAU